CGACUCUGAUUGGACAUCAGAGCUAUCAGUCCUACGAGGGAGGCGGGUGUUGUGCCUCGGCAGACCUGACUUAGGGCUAAAUCGCCCGGCCGGUUCCGUGGUCCUAACCGUCAUUUCCUUUAGUCGUCUACAGAAAUGCCUGUUUAAUAACGCGUGAAACUGAGGGCCACGUUUUGUGAAGGAUGUUUUGUUAACUUUUUAGUCUCCGUUUGGGUCGACGUAAGGUUUCCAAACCCAUGAUUGUCUCUAUUAACGGCUAACGUCUGGAAAGCCAUCGUAGCGAAGAAGUUGAUUCCUCGGUUACGUCGCUUGAAGCAGCUCGUAUUUGUGACCCGCCAAAAGCCACACAGAAGUUCAGCGAGGAAGUGACCAUUUUGUGAGUUAUCGUUAGCUGUUUUGAUACCGCUUCGCACUGAAGUUCUCUUCCGGCAAACGAAAAUGAGUGGCGCUUUCAACUUUGGGCAAGCCAGCACGGGCUUCUCUUUCGGAGCUCAGAAGCCCGCAGUCCCGGGGCCCGGCACGGGCUUCGGGAUGUCUAGCGCCGUACCCCCUGCCGCUGGAGGGGGCUUCGCAUUUGGCACUCCCACGCAGGCCACCACCGCCCCCAACCCGGCCGGCUCCUUCAGCUUUGGUACCCCAGCAAAGAGCACAGCAGCCGGCGGAGGCUUCUCAUUCGGGACCCCCACCAACACAUUCGGCAUGGUCGCCCCUCAGGCCGCCGCAACAGCAGCAAUAGCAGCGGCGCCACAGGGGCUGACUAUGGGCACCGCAGCAGCUCCCGCUGCGGGGUCUGGGUUCACUCUGGGAUCGGGUUUGUCAGCCCCGACCGCCGCUGUCGCUCCUGCGGGAGGGGGCUUCUCCUUUGGCACGCCGUCUCAAGCUCAACCCCAACUCGCGGUUCAACCCCAACCGGCGGCACCACCACCGACCGCCGCGGCGACGGCGACCACCGGGGCGGGCGGCCUCUCAUUCGGAGGGUUCAGCUUCGGAGCGACCAAGGCCCAGGCGACCACCACUGCAGCCCCCGUGGCUGCACCUACUGCUGCCCAGGGAGGAGGCUUCAGCUUUGGCGCCAGUGCCCCGUCCAGCCUCAGCAUGGGCAUGCAGCCGCAGUCAGCACCCGCUGCCGCGGUGGCGCCAAGUCAGGGUGGAGGAUUCGCCUUUGGGAUCAAACCCUCGUCCACGCCAGCUCCCCCCGUCUCCACCCAGGCAGCCACAGCUGGGGGCGCGUCGCUCUUCGCUUCACCCAUCCCCACAGCCGCCGCUACCGCCACCGCUGCUGCCGCCACCGUUACCGCCUCUUCAACAGGUGCGGGCUUUACUCUGGGUGUAGCUCCGACUUUAGCGGCAAGCACCGCUGCCGCGACCACUGCAGCCCCCGGUGGAGGUCUGUCUUUUAUGCUCAAACCCCUGGGGGCAGCUACCUCCGCCUCGGCCCCGGUCCCUGCCCCCACCGCUACGGUAGCAGCAGCAGCAGCCGCCGCCUCAACGGGGGCCGCGACGGCCUUCACGCUGGGGCUCAAGCACUCGACCGCCUCAAGUAUCGCGACGGCUUCCACAGCCUCGACGAUCUCUGCAGCCGCUGCUCCUCCAGUGAUGACGUACGCCCAGCUCGAGGGUCUCAUUAACAAGUGGAGUCUGGAGCUGGAGGACCAGGAGAGACAUUUCUUGCAGCAGGCCACCCAGGUGAAUGCGUGGGACCGCAUGCUGGUGGAGAACGGGGAGAAGAUCACAUCCCUGCACAAGGAGAUGGAGAAGGUGAAGCUGGACCAGAGGCGGCUGAACCAGGAGCUGGACUUCAUCCUGUCCCAACAGAAGGAGCUGGAGGACCUGCUGUGCCCGCUCGAGGAGUCUGUGAAGGAGCAGAGUGGAACCAUCUACAUGCAGAACGCGGACGAGGAACGCGAAAGGACGUACAAGCUGGCGGAGAACGUGGACGCCCAGCUGAAGAGGAUGUCGCAGGACCUGAAGGAGAUCAUCGAGCACCUGAACACGUCCAGCGGCCCGGCCGAUACCAGUGACCCGCUUCAGCAGAUCUGCAAAAUUCUCAACACCCACAUGGAUUCACUUCAGUGGAUCGAUCAGAACUCUGUUCUCCUCCAGAGAAGAGUGGAAGAAGUGUCUAAAUUGUGUGACAACCAGCGCAAGGAGCAGGAGAAAACCUUUCGUCUGACAUUUGACUGAUCUGGAAUACAUUUGUAAACAUGUAUAUUGACUAAAGAGGGAAGUCUUUUUAGUGGGUUUAGAUAUUUUAAAUGCAAAACAACAAACAUUCACAAUUCCUGUUUAGUCCUGUUAUUCAGCUCAGCCGUUUGGUUGCAUAAAGCUCGACCUUUCCAAUGCAAUAGUGUUUAUAGUGAAGCAAUCAAUCUGUUCCCAUGUAAAUGCUGUGGUUGUUCUAAAUAAUUUGAUUAAAUGCAUCAAAUAGAUAAGGCUCUAUAUUCUUGUAUAGCAAAUAAGAAUCGCUGCCGUGUUUCUCAGCGGCCACGUUUGAACUGCACAGGUAGACCUCUGUGUGAUGCU